CAAAUGACACGUCCUAAAUAUGAGUGCAGCAUACGGAAUAACAGUACGCAAGGUCAGUUCAACCAGUAAGGACGUUUUGACCAUACAAAGUAUAAUAAAAUAAAUAAUUUAUUCAACAAUGUCUGGUGAUCCCUUAGUCUUCAUGCCUGUGGAUAGAUGGAGUGAACUCAAGUUAGCGUUCAAAUCUGAUUGGCCGAGGAGCUUAUCUGGUUAUCUUGUACUGGACACUCAAGAGUACAUUUUGAAAUGCGGUGUUGAUUACGGCUUUAGAGUGUAUUGCCCUUUCGGGAAUGUGAAUAAUGGAAUUGUUGCUCUUAAUAUUAAGAAUAAAUUUUACGAAGUCAUCGUCCAAUGUCCUAACGAUGAUACCCGAGAACUUGAAGAGGCGUUGAGGACCACCAACAUUAUUGACUGGGGGAGGUGCGAUGAGGUGCCUUUUACACCCGAACACGUAAGGGAUUGUGUACAAAGAUUGUCUUUGGAGAAGAAUCUUAAAUUGACCAACAUAAACACCACCGUCACUUAUAUUUUGGAUAAUGAAGCGCCCCCGUACGAUGUCAGGCUACCUCCCGGAUUCUCAUUCGAGCUCUUAACUCCGGAUUGCGCACAAAUGGUCAAUGAUAAAUGGCCACACAAACACCCAGGUUCAGAAUGGUACUACGAAUUACUGGCCAAAGCCAAGUUAGGUUAUGGACUUUAUAGUGGAGAAGAACUAAUAGCUUGGGUAUUUGUCAAGGAGAUGGGUGCUCUAGGACAUUUAUUUACACUGGAGAAACAUAGAAGAAAAGGCUACGGUGAAUUAGUUCUAAAAUUAAUAUCGAAUAUGUGGUUGAAAGAUAAAAAAUAUACAGUCGCAUUCUGUACUGCAGGAAACUUGAGUGCUGCCAAUUUGUACAACAAAUUAGGGUUUGAAAGGGUUCAUGAGUUGCAUUGGUGUAAUAGAAAUUAACUAACGGAUUAAUUAAAGCUACUGGUAGCUACCUUGCACAAAGAAUUAGUGUAUCCAUUCAAAGGAGGAACGCUGCCAGUAUCUUCGGAACCAUGCCUAAAG